AUGUCACAUAAUGCUAUAUUGAAAUGGAUUGGAUAUUUGGUAAAUGUUCCAGAAGGGACUACUUUAAAAGAUUUAAGUGAUGGUAGAAUUUUAACUAAUUUGCUUAAUAAAUUGAAUCCUGAAGUUUACCCUUAAAAAGUGUAAUCUUCUCCUUAAAAAAAUUUCUAAAUGGAUAUGUUAUGUGUAACAAACUUGGUUUAAAAUUUAAAAUAAUCAAUAUCCAAUUUACCUGAGAUUAAUAGUUUAUUAAUUGCAAAACAUUAGGAUACUGCUGAAAUCAUUAAAUUGAUUUCAAUCAUAAUUAAAGUACAUAUGUAUUCAUAUGAUAGAUUAUGAUUGAAUCUCAAUUAGCAUAAGAAGCUAUAUUAAAAUUAGAUGAAGAAUAAGUGCAAAAUAUUUUAUAAUUUAUUAAUUAAUAUUAAGAAGAAGAUAUUGGAAAUCAUCAACCAUCUGAUAGAAAGUUACUUGAUAAAAUAGAUGAAUUAGAAGAUGAAAAUUAAUAAUUAAAGUAAUUACUAGAAUAAUAGGAUAAGAAUUAGGCAUAACAUUUUAAUAAAAUUAAAUAAUAGGAAUAAUUAUUAAUUUAAAAAGAAAAUGAAAUUUCAGAGUUAAAACUAUGUAAUAUUUGAUUUAUUCAAUAUAUGUAGAAUUGUAAAAAAACAUUCAUAUAGAAGAGAAUUUAUCAGGAACUUUGAUAGAAUAACUAAAAUUUCAAUUAACAACAAUUAAUAAAGACAAAAAAGAAUUAUUAGAAUAAAACGAAAUGUAUUUAUAGAUUAUAUGUUAUUUAGUUUAUAACAUAAAUUGUAAAAUUAUUAAAAUUUAGAAAAUAUCAAUUAAUAAUUAUAAUAAGAAUUAACAUAAAGAUGCAAAUAAGAUAAAGUUAUAGAAGAAUUAAAGACAAAUAUUGAAAUAUUUAAAUAACAAAUGGAUUUAAAAGAUUCUAAGAUUAGUAAAUUGUAAGAUUAAAUAAAAUAAACUGCUUAAAAUUAAUAAAAAGAAUGUAGCAAAUUAGUAGAGUUAGAAAUGUAGAAUGAAUAAUUGAAAUAAGAAAUAGAAGAUACUUAAAGGAGUAAAAAUAAAGAAAUUCAUUAAUUAAAUCAAAAAUUAAAUGAAUUAAAAAUAUAAGUAGAUACUAUUUAAACAGAGAGACAAGAAACUUAAAGAUCUUCAGUUCAUUAUCAAUAAAGUCCUAGAUGUUUAGAUUCUGAAUUUAAAACUUUAUUAAAUGAUAACAUAGGUGGAUACUAUUCAGAAUAAACAAUUUAAGAGUUUUAAUAAUAAAUACAACAAAAAGAAUAAUAGUUAUAAUAAAAGGAAAUCUUAUAUGAUUAAAAAAUUAAAACACUUGAAGCUAAAAUAAAUAAAGAAAAAGAAACAAAUAUAUAACAUAUAUAAAUUGUAUAUAAUUUAUAUUUAUUAAAUUAGACAUCUUAAUUAUAAGAAGAAAAUAAGAAAUUAAAAAUAGAACUUGAAAAAUUAAUUGAUACUAAUUAUUAAGUAAGUAGAAUACAUGCAGAAAAAUAAUAAAAUAUGCUCCUUAUUUCAGUAAUUGAAUGUUUGAAUGAAAAAGUUAAUUAAUUACAUACAUAAUAAAAAGAACAUCUUAAAAGUGAUAAGAAAAUAUAACCAUAAAUUCUAACAAGGAAUUCUAUAUCUUUAUGGAGUGCUAAAUAAUGA